AAGUAAAUGAAGAAAAUGGAAGGUCGACCAAAAAUUGAAAUUGUUCGCGUCUCGUCAAUUGAGCGGGCAAAUUUUCGUCCAUUGGAUGGAGUUCAAUUGAGAGCGGCUUAUAGUCACGUGCGAAUUGGAAUGUUUUGUAUGGAACCGGAAGAGAAAAUUGUUUGCGAAAAUAAACCGCCAAUAGAGCAGACGCGCAAGUAUAAAAAAAAUAUGGGACCAGUAUCAAGACUGCUAAGACGUCGUCAUCAAGCGACUUGCCUUGAAACCAAAUCCUGUGAUAACAUUUAUAAUGUCAAUAGAAAUAAUACUUCCUCGGACUGGAAAAUCAAUCAGGUUGAGGAAGCAGGCAUGCAAGGACGUCAUAGUAAUAGUUUAGAUUGGAGAGUUGGUAGAACAGUAAAUGCAAGUUCUGACAAAUUAAACUGGCGUGAUGGUUCAAGAAGUACUGAACAACUCUCAAAAAGUGCACCAAUAACAUCCAAUUUGUCAGCGUCAAGCACAAAAUCAAAAAUUGUAUCUUUAUUAAAACGCCUAUCACCACGUUUAUCACGGCCUGGAAGUAAAGUUUCAUUACCAUCGUCACCAACAAUUUGUCCUUGGGUUCAAGUAGAGUACGCCACGGAUUCAAUCAAUAGUCCCAAAAGAGAUGAAUCUCAAGAAAUUGAUGUCAGCUUCCAACAGGAAUUAGAGAUUAAUGAAUUGAAGAAGAAAAUUAUUGGUGUUUCCCCAUCGAAACCAAAAACUGAGACUACGAAAAAUAUCAUAAAGGCUCAAAUUUUGGUUCAUCCGACAAUUGAAGUACAAUCGCUCGAAAGAAAUCGUGUUUCCUCCACUUUAAGAACUGUGCAAGUGGAAGACCGUGGAUUGGAAGAUUGGCGGAGAAGGAGAGGUCCAGUUCAUGGUGAAGUGGCAGGAUUAGAAGAAGCUGGAAACGGAAAUUUAACAGUGACAUUGGUCUCCGACAGUGGAGGUACAGGCAGGGCCCAAAGACGAACCAGGCCGCUGUCAUUGGCAGUGCAACCACUGAAUUACCAUCGAGUUGAUCCUGAAUUUAUCAACACCAGAAAUAAACAUCCAAACAUGACGAGUCAGGAGAGCAUUGGCAGUUGUAGCUUGGACGUCGAUCAAUCCACCUCCGACCGAUCAGAAAAAGCAGUAGGCUCUUUAUCGGAGAAAACAUUGCACAGUUUCAAUUUAUCAUUCAACGGUGAGCAAACUCCAUCGGCGGAAAAUUUGCGAAACGGAAAUAGUGAAAAUCAGCAGAUUAAACACACGACUUCUAACGGAAAGAAUUCAAGUGUUAACAAUGGCCAUCACUACAUUGACGUUGAUCAGAUGACAGUGAAGAAACCUAGUUAUCUAGGACUUGCUUGCAGUAUAAGCGGAUAUUCGGGAAUCACCAGAUACGACAGCAAAUUGCGAGAGGGCUUCCGGUCUAGAGAUAGCAGUCCCGGAGCGAGAUUAAUUACCAGAGAAGCUAGUCCUGUUGGAUUUAGGUCCAACGAGAAUUUGAAUAUACCAUCAAACAAGGGUUUCCCACCGAAAAGUCAAUCUAUUUCGCCAUUAGCGAUGGACCGUCAAAAUGGAUACACAAAUGGAACGAAGAAUAAUGGUAAAAUUGAUAAGUAUCUUGAUAAUAAAAGCUCAAUUAAUUCUGAGGGAUAUUCGGAGGUUGAUAAGGGAAUAUCAUUAAAUUCGACGUAUUCGGAAAUCAGCCCAAUACGCAAUAAUUCAACAACGAAACGCAGUCCUGGAAGUGUUCACAUAGCUUCUUAUAAUCAACAAAAUAUCUCCUAUUCUUCAACUAUUUCCACUUCAUCGCCAAAGCCCGCUACCGUUAAUGUAUCGAAUACCUCGUUUAGUGAAAACAGCAUACACAAUGGAUCGUCAUUGAAUGUUGAUAAUCAUUUAUUGAACAGUUCGUCGAGUAGUGAGAAAUCAUUUAUUCAACAACGGGUGGAACGUCUUUACGGUCCAGGUGCACUUGCUCAGGGUUUCUUCUUUAAACGCAGCUCUUUUAAUAAAUCAAAUACAAGCGAUUCCAGCUUUAAUAAAUCUAAUAUUGAUAAUAAUACUUCUAUAGAUAAUUCAAGUACAGAAGAAUCCCUGCCUGUUCUAAGAUUUUUACAGCCGGAAUUUCGUGCUAAAUUGCCAGUUGUUCACUGCCGAAAGCCAACCGAUGGUUCCGAGCAAAUAAUAAAGCCGUUGCAGAGGUUAUCAGUGGCCUCGGCAAAAAAUGAAGCCAAAGAAAAGAGUCUUGUGCCAGAGGACGUUGAGAAAAUGGAUUUGAAAAACAAUCCCCUUCAACUUAGUUCCAGUACCACAAGUAUAACGGAUCAGCAACCAGCUGCACCGCAAGUUGUACUACCUGUACUUGAAUCAAGCACAAGUAAUGUAAAACAAGAAAAAGAAGAGGAAAAACAAGCAAACAAGGAACAUGAAGAAGAAAAAGAGCAAAAAGUGAUAGAGAUUGAGAAAGCGGCUGUUGAAAAGAAUGGACACUAUUUCAUGAAGUUGCUAAAAGAAGAGAGGGACAAGCUUAUUUUAUUGGCCGAAUCAGCGGAGAGUGAACUUUCAAGUGUUGAUCCUUCAUUGUUACCCGAAGAAGCUGCUGGAAAAUUGCGAUCGGCCUCCGGAAAAGCUCGACUUCUGGCUUCUCAAAAAAUGCAACAGUUUGAAGGAUUGUGUCACAAGAACAUUAACAAAGUCGAGGGCGAAGAAUUCCCGACGAUGAAUGAAGAUUUAGAAGGAUUCUGGGAUAUGUUAAUGUUGCAGGUGAUUCAAGUCAACCAACUCUUUGAACAACUUGAACGUUCCAGAAAAUCACAAUGGCAAGAGAUUGUUCCCGAAAAGAGAACGAUUACUGGCACACUAAAUGGAAGUACGCCGAGAAGACGUAUAAAUUCAACGCCAAAAAUUAAAGCCACACCGUCAAGUGAAGCGAAUAAAAAAGCUCGCGAAGCAAGGGAACAAUCACGACGACAAAUGAUUGAAGAGAGGCGACGCGCAAUGAAAUCAAUGACUAAAAAUGAAAAUAAUUCUGUCGAGAUUUUUAUUCCCGAGACGUAACGGUAAUUAUUUCAAUAAAAAUUAGUUUCUUUUUAAUGAUUAUUAAGAAAAAACAAAAAAUUUAACGAGAAUGCGCUUGAAAAAUAUAUUUGUAAAAAAUCAUUAUAGAUUUUAAAUGACGAAUAUAGGAAAAUAUAAUAUUAAUUAAAAUAAUUAUAUAAAAAAAAUAAUUUAUAUUUAAUAUUCGUCAUUUCUGCCGAGAAUGUUAAAUAAAAAAUUAACCAAAAGAAAACGAGAAAAAAAAGAUAGAAAUGUAACAAUUUUAUAGUACCUAUUCAAAUUUUAAUCGAUAUUUUAAAUAAUUAAAAUCUUUCUAUUUUCUUAUUAUUUUUUCUUUUAUUUAACAUUUUUAGCAAAAGAUCGUCGCCUCAUGAAUUAAAACAUUUUUUUAUAGAAUGAACGAAGGAACUUGUAAAUAUUGGUCAAUUUUUAAAUUUAUUAAUAAUCUCUACUUCUUUUUGCGGGAGAAAAUUUAACUUGGACUGAAUUGAUGCGAAUUAAAUUAUUAUAAACGUCGAUGUAAAUAUUGUUGAUAAUCGUCUGAAAACAAUUUUAUGUGUGAACAGUAAUUAAUGACGAUUUGCGUAAAAAACAGAAAUGAGAAAAAGAGUAAUUUAACGAAUUUUAAUUUUGUAUUGUCAAAUUUGUUUUUAAGAACACGAAAAAGUUCUUAAAUUUGCUUUUGUUUUCGUUUUGCUUAUUAAUAAUCCAAUUUUUAAAAGUUUGUAAUUUUACAAAAAAGAAAAUUUCUAUUUAUAUGACGAAAUUAUUUAUUAAAUGUUUAUUUAUUCUUUUCACAAUGUCGUUUGCAUGUCACGGGAAAUUUUUAAUUUUUCACGCACAUAAAUAUAGAAAAAGAAAAUAUUGUAAAAAAAAGUAAAAGAAAAAGAAAAUAAUAGAAAAGCGAAUGUUAUGUACUAAAAAAAUCUUUAUCUUAUUUUUUAGCAGUAUAUUUAUUUUAAUAUGAGGAAAAAAAAUGUUGCUAAAUAGAAAAAGUAAAAUUCGAAUUCAUUUUAAGUAUAGACGAUUAAUGUGACAUUCCGCAGAUUUUUUUUUAUUGAAAGAAAACUUAAUCUUAAAAUUGAAAAAUCGAAUAUAAGAUUUUUGCUUGCGUUAAUUGCACAAUGUGACCGAUUUUAAUGAAUUUUACCAACCAAAUAACACGAAUACUCAUUUACGUUAAUUGUACAUUCGAUUAGAUUUGUAAGAAGAUCACAAUCUCUAAUUAGCCUUUUGAAAAAUAGUUUGAAAAUAAAUUAUUUUUCGUACGAUAAAAAUGCAGGGUUGAAUUUUUUUAAAUACAAUGUUAAUUAGGCUAUAAUCUAUUAAAUGAUUAACAAUUAUUAAUAGAAAAAUGCGAAAAGAAAUUUUAAUCUAAUUUGAUUAAUAAUUAUCAGAUUGUUUGUUAAUAUUCUUGGUUAACGGAGAUUGUGAGAUCGAAGAGUUGUAAUUAUUUGUAUAAACUAAUAAUCGUGUAAGCUUAAAGAUAAAUUAUAUAACUGCGAGUGAUAGAUAUUA